GUUGUUCGAUGUUGAUUGAUUAUUGCAGUCCUUAAUCAACUCUGGUGCCUUCCGCCUCUGCUGCCAUCACAAGCAUUACAGGCCUCACAAGCUGGCCUUCCCCCUCUAGUGCAUCACUCACAAUACUUCGCCCGUGGUGCCAGGUACUCCGAAUCCGAGCACCGGUCCCUGAGCCAAGGCACCUGCUCCUCCCACACACCACACCCACACCAGUGGUUCGUUCCAGUUGCGGUUGCAGUUGCAGUUGGGGUGCGUGGGUGCCGGUCCAGUUAUAGUUUCCCGCGCCCGUUGGUGGUUGUACGCUAGGUACGGACGCAGCAUCGCAAUCCCGCCGUCGACACUGCUGCAGCUUUGCAUAUUUCCUGUCUAUCUUGCUCUUUUCCCUCUCCCCCUCUCCCCAAACGUCGCAGCUUUCGAAAAAGCAAAUGCGCAGCCUUCUACCCUGUCGUCGAGCAAGUGCAGCUGCCUUCGCUUCCCCUCCACCCUAAACGCUUACACCUGCCAACCCCGACUCUCCCAAGUCCUCUAACCACGCUCCACACGACCGCAUAACUGCGAACCACCACCUCAACCCCCACGAGAAAACGGAUGGCCGUAUGCCUCACGACCGCAAUCCUCGACAACGCCUGAUGAAGAGCCAUAUCAAUGGCGCCGCACCGGCGCCAAUGUCUGACCCGGAGCGCCGCGACGCUACCGCAUCGAACCCUACAGCCACCGACCCAGCUGCAAUCGCUGAGGCCCCCGCCCCGCCUCUCAUCACGGUCAAGAGCCCCAGCGACGCGCCCGACGCGGGGCUGAGAAGUCUCGAUCAUUAUAAGAGAGCGCUGCCGUCAUGGCGAUACCGACUGCGACAGUGGAUGCUGCCACUGAUCCGAUGGGAGACCCCCUACCUUGCUUACUUGCAGGACACGAUGCGCACACCGUGGCUCGACAGCUACUUUGCCAUUACGGCGAACCUCGGCACACAUACCUUCUUCAUGAUCGGCCUACCCAUGCUCUUCUGGUGCGGCUACGCUUCCUUCGGCAAAGGUGUCAUCCAUAUCCUUGCCGAGGGCGUCUUCUUCACUGGCUUCAUCAAGGACUUCUUCUCGCUGCCACGACCGCUCUCCCCGCCCUUACACCGAAUCACCAUGUCCGGCUCCGCUGCCCUGGAAUAUGGCUUUCCAUCGACCCAUAGCGCCAACGCCGUAUCAGUCGCCGUGUACGGCGUGCUGCUCCUGCGCAGCCCUGACAACACCCUGCCGGAAUCGACCAAGAACCUCCUUGAGGGACUGUCAUACUUUUAUGCGGUCUCCAUCGUGCUGGGUCGUCUGUACUGCGGCAUGCACGGCUUCAUCGACGUCGUCGUAGGAUCUAUUCUGGGCGCCGCCAUCUCGCUCGUCGAGUUUCAUUACGGCCCUCCUUUGGAUGCGUACAUGCACGGCAGCUCGUGGUGGGCGCCUGUUAUCGCCGCUCUUGUCAUUAUUGUCCUCGUCAGGAUCCACCCAGAACCCGCAGAUGACUGCCCUUGCUUCGACGACAGCGUUGCUUUCGCUGGCGUCGUGAUUGGCCUGGAAAUCGGAACAUGGAUGUAUGGGAGGACGUCAAUCGAUUCCUUUGGGGGAUCCGCUCAUACCGUCCAGUCCCUUGAUCUCGGCGCCCUCGGGUGGCACAUCGUCCUGGCACGCGUCUUUUUUGGCGUCUUUGUCAUUUUUGUGUGGCGGGAGGUUAUGAAGCCGACCAUGCUCAGGAUCCUACCGCACCUUUUUCGUCUCUUGGAGAAGGUCGAGUGGAAUCUUCCUCGUCGUUUCUUCACGCCAGCUUCAAAGUACAAGGUCAUCGAUCUAGGCUCGAGAAUGGACAACCUCAUCCCUUCGGUCAGGGACUUUCCCCGCGUAGUCCAGUCCAUCCGCCAUCCGACGACGCGUGGCCGUUCCGUGUCGAUCGGGCCUCAGAGUGCCGCCGAUGCGUAUGAGACGCUGGCAUACCGCGAGCGCCGGCGUCGGGAGAGCAUCGGCAGCAACGGUAGCAUCAAGAGCAAGGGCAGUUCGCACGAGCUUCGGGAAAAGAGCGGUGACUGGGAGGGGAAGGGGGCGACUUCCGGUAUACAGGGCCAUCAUGGCAAUUCGCUGAAUGAUUUUGAGCGCAUGAUGGGCACGGGCAGUGUAUUGGCGAGCCCAAGCGAAGAAAAGGGGGAGCAAGACCUGACGGUCGGUCAACAAGACGAAAUCAGCGAGAAGGAAAUGUUCCUGCGACUGAUCCGACCCAGAGUGCGUUACGACGUCGAGGUGGUGACGAAGCUGGUAGUUUAUACAGGUAUCGCAUGGCUGGGCGUCGGCUUGAUCCCCAUGAUGUUUGAGCUGGUCGGCCUCGGAUCGAACCAUCUCCGCGCUGCCUAACUCGAGAUUCUUGUUUUUCUGGACGGAGCCAUUCUGGGAUUGCCAUUUUACCCCGUCUUCCAAUUUGUCAUUUUGAAAGAUGCAUAGGUACGGAUCUGCCGAGAGCCUGCCGGUAGGAGGAACGAUGUGUUGCAAAAGAGCGGCGCAUAGAAACUUUUGACGAAAGCACGACGUACUGUAUAUUCUUCCGGCGCUUGCAUCUACCUAUGGACGGGCCUUCGAACCUUUUCUUCUUUUCGGCGGGUUCCUAGGUUCGUCCACUCCGUCGUAAUGAUAUGGGCUUUUCUCGGCGUUCAAUGGGAAAGGGGGCAGAAGACCGUUGUUUGUGUUUAUAUUCGGGCGGCAAUGUUGUGUGGUUUAUUUAGCGAAGGCAGGAGACGGAGAAAGAUGACAGAGUCUUUCUGUUUCGAAAUGAGGAAGGUGGCUUGUCUGCGGUGGCUACAUUCGCUACACAGUCUGUUUGUGACAUGAACGUUGUGUGGCUUUUGCGACAUAUGCCUUGUAGACGGGGAAGGGUGGUUCUGCAGAUAAGGUGUACUGAGACAAGAGCGGAAGGCAGCGGCAGCCCCUUCAGCGUGCCGAGCGAUUGUGCGCGACUUACUUCAUAUCUCCUCACGUCAUAGUGAUUUUACCUCAACCAACAAGCGAAGUCUCACCACCACACAUCAUCUUUAGAUAAAGACUCGAUUAGGGAUAGGACUUAGAGUUAGGAUUCGAGAUGUGAUUAGGAUUGAGAUUACAAACAGGGUUACACAAUUCGACCUGUAAAUACCGGCAGGAGACUAG